AUGUCUGCAUUAAAACCUUUAGAAAAAAGUGGAAGACAGUCACGCAAUGUGAGCAAAUCUAAUCGAUCCAGUGUAUCUGAAAGUAUAGUGGAAGAAAACACUAAAAUAGCUAAACUUUUUAGCCCAGAGGGUGAAAAUACAAGUUUUAGCUAUCAUGGUAAUGAUGAUAUAUAUCUUGAAGAUUAUC